AUGUCAAGUUCGAGUGCAAAUAUAGAUGAGAAAGUUGAGGGCAAUGAUGGAGAUGUAAAAGGUAAGAUUUGUGAACCUUCUGCAUUAUUUAUAGUAUGCAAAUAUUGAUUGAAAUCGUGAGUUGUGAGGGUCAUGGGGGUCAUGACAAAUAUGAUUAUAAUAGUCUUAAUAGUUCAAUGUUCAAACCUCAAAACAAAAUUAAAAUAAAGUCAUCAAUUUCCACACAAACAAAUGAAUAGAUUAUAAACUUUUUGUCUGUUAGUAUAUUAUCAUGAAGCUGGCCCAUAUUACUUUUAUAUUUAUUAAUUACGUUGUUAGUGCAGUUAAGUGUAGAGAUAGUAUUUAACUCACUAUUAAGUACAGUUUCCUUGAUUUUGCCAUAUUAAUCUUGAUAUUUUUGUAAUCGUCAAAGCAUGUGUCUUUCACCACUGAUAUUGUGGGUUCAAAUCAUGUUGGGACAACUUCCUCCCACAGGGAAUGUUGACAGUGUUGGUAGGGAUACCUUUAAAAAAAACUAAAUAGGCUUAGUUAAAAAUUAUUUUAAUAACUACGUUUCAGAGAAUAACUCCAUCUUCAGGUUAAAGGUGACUAAAGAUAUAAAAACUUUCAACACAAUUACAAAUAAUUUUAGACAAAGUCUGUUAGGAUUGUGUAUGAUAGUUGACGUGCACUUCAAAGUAUUAAGGGGCUGUUUAUAUGGAAGCGAGCCAGCCCGGGUACCAGAGCUAGCUCACUUCCCCUAGAUGAAUUUCAUCACACUUUACAUGAAACUUUUGGGGCAGCUAACUUGUGAAAACAAAUACAAAUUUUCGCAGGAAAGUUUGGGCAUGCGCAAAAAGACAUUAUUUUACUUAAAAGCCGAGCCAGCUCGGGUAAAUGUGUUUAUAUGGAAAACUACCCAGCCCGUUUACGGUUUACCCGAGGUCUCGGGUCACACGAAGCAGUACCUCAGUUAGGCGGGCCAGCUCAGUUCUCAUAUAAACGCAAGAUGAAAUUUAGUAGGAAAUAUUAACAAAGACGGGAUCUCGCCUAAAGCAAGCUAUCUCAGGUACCCGAGCUGGCUCGCCUCAUAUAAACAGCCCCUAACUCGUGUCCAUGUUCAGUAAUAGCUGUGCUAUGUGAUAGCGAGUGAUAAGGUGGCUGCAAUGGCACCCUGAGAAAACAUUCCACUCGAUCACAUUGAGCUAUUUCCUUUGCAAUUCAGCUUAGCUCUCAGCUGCAAGUAAGAAUAAUAAGCGCAUCACUUACUUACUGUACUUCUUUACUAACUUACCUAUACAGCUAAUUCAGUUAAGGUUGUCCUCUGAAAACCACAAACCUAGAGCUAAGCACGAAAAGCACAAUGGGUGUAUGUAUCAUAAUGAGAUUGUUUAUGCAUGCAUGUUAGUACAUUUAUGCAAAACAAGUGAAUUUAAUUCCCAAAGGAGUUAAGCAUGUCCCACAAACAACUUUCUUUAAUGUUAAAAAGUUUAAAAAUCCAAUGAAUUUUGCCGAGUUUGCUAUGGAAUUGGGUUAGACAAGCAAAUAGAAUCCGAAAUAGGCAAAAAUCACAGGAAUUUGUAAAUUAUAAAUCGCUUUUUUCACGCAAAACCAAAACGACUUGUGGGACGUAACAACCGUAACUACGGAGUGUGGGAACAGUAUGAAUUACAUACUACAGUAUUUGCAUGUCCAUCGUGCUUUUCCCGCCUAGAGCUCUAAGUUUGUGGUUUUCUGAGGACAACCGUAAUUGAAUUACAGUAGCUGUAUAUUAAUUUGUCUGAUUCUUACAAACAAAAACAUUGGUCAGAGCAAGAGGUUCAACAAUGGCUCAUAAAAAAUGGAUUUGAAGAGGAAUCUCAGUUUUUUCAGGGUUACCAUUAGUUAAUUAUUUCUGCAGGUACACUCAAUUCAACUAUGGAAGCAUUAAAUUAAUAGGUAAUAUGCAAAAAAAAAUAUUAAGGCCAAAGUGCACUGUAUACAUGUAAUUGUUGGAUAAGUUUAUUAUAUAGUUGAGGUUUUUGUCCAGGGUCAAAAAUCACAUAGAAAAGUCAAGGGAUGCAAAAAGGGAGAGUUUGAAUUCUUAAUUGUUACCCUUCACUUUUUUGUGGCAAUUUAUAACUGUCCAGGAGGGGGACCUGGGUAAUCACUUGACAUGUGAUAAAAAAAUUAUAUAGGACAUCCAAAUUGGAGUGGGGCUAACUUUCAGUUCCUCUGUUGGGCAGGUGUGGAUGUUUCCUAUAAUAUUACAGUACAGUAUAUUGAAUAAUUGAGCAAGUUGGCCCACAAUUACUCACUUGUUCAUUGGGGAUUGAUGAGCCCAAGCAAAUGAUCAAAAUCCAGUGCUGCCACCUUGAUUAGUUAAACAUGAAAUUUAGCUUCACUGUAGACUGCAUGUUUAAAAAGAUUUACAGUUUUAUAUAGUUGUAAAUUGUUUUAUUGUUAGAUCUAGUGCAUUUCGAGCUAUCUUGCAUCUGUCUGUUAUAAUAUGGUUUUAACGGUUUAUGGCUCCUUGAAAUCGAUACAUGCAGGGAUAGCUCGGAAUACGUUAAUAGUCACUAUAGUAUUUAGAUUGUAUAAUUUAUAUUGUGGCAAAGUUUAUAAAAUAAAACGAAAUAAAUCUUUUAUUAGCUGAAAAGAUUUCUGGAAAGUCACUGCUGUCAAUUGAGAAAAGUGACCUAAAAGAGAUGGGAAUAAAGACCCUGGGUAAACGAAUUGAGCUUAUGACAAAAAUUGAUGAACUGCUGCAUAAAGGAAGUGGAGAUGUUGUAACUCAAGUCUCAAGUGGAAAUAUACAGUCCUUUAAAAGGAAAAUCACAAAAUUGGACAAAGAGAGCUGGGAUGAGAAAACCAAGAAUGAAUACCUUGAGAAGUAG